CUUCUUUUUCUCUGUACUGUUACAGCCGAGAACGAGCUGCUUCCUGUUCGUCUUCUCUGCCACUCCACCCCCCUCACCCUUUUAAAAAGGUGGACAGUACAUCUAGGCCCAAGUGCCUCUCCCCUCUCCAUUUUCUCUCAUCUUCCUCGCAUUUUAUUCUCUCUCCUGUGUGAUCUGAAUCUCUGCGGAUACGGUUAGGGUUUCUGUUGUCUCCAUGAGUUUCGCCACAUUAUUCAUAAUUUCUAUUGGUUUCUAAUGCCAGAGAGAAGAGGCUCUCUUCGUCCAGAGAGCCCUCUCUGAAGAGGGAGGUGGGAGAGGGAAUAUCAUAGGCUUUCUUUUACGGUCUUUAUUUCUUUGUUUUUUUUUUUCCCGUGAAACUUGGCGCGAUUUGGGAUGACUGGGCUGAUAUGCUGAAAAUGGAAAGUUCCGGAGUUAAGUUUUCCCGCUGAAUCUGAUCUCCAAACGUGAAGAUUGAGCGGAUUUCCAAUUCACGUGUCAGAAAAAAGAAAAAGGAAAAAAAAUGGCGAUGGCCGUGGCGCCACAUAGAGAGAGCAGCAGUGGCAGCAUGAACAAGCAUCUUGAUACCGGUAAAUAUGUCCGUUAUACUGCCGAGCAGGUCGAAGCUCUUGAAAGAGUCUAUGCCGAAUGUCCGAAGCCGAGUUCGAUGAGACGGCAGCAACUGAUCCGCGAGUGUCCCAUUCUUUCCCAUAUCGAACCCAGGCAAAUCAAAGUCUGGUUUCAGAAUCGCAGGUGCCGCGAGAAGCAAAGGAAAGAAGCUUCUCGAUUACAGACCGUGAACAGGAAGUUAACUGCAAUGAACAAGCUAUUGAUGGAGGAGAAUGAUCGCCUUCAGAAGCAGGUAUCGCAGCUGGUAUGCGAGAAUGGGUAUAUGAGGCAGCAGCUGCAGAACGCAUCUGCUGCAACCACUGAUGCUAGCUGUGAGUCUGUUGUUACCACACCUCAGCAUCCUCUAAGGGAUGCCAAUAACCCCGCUGGACUCCUCUCCAUUGCAGAGGAGACCUUGGCAGAGUUCCUUUCAAAGGCUACAGGAACUGCUGUUGAUUGGGUCCAGAUGCCUGGGAUGAAGCCUGGUCCGGAUUCGGUUGGGAUUGUUGCCAUUUCACAUGCUUGCAGUGGAGUGGCAGCACGAGCCUGCGGUUUAGUAAGUUUAGAACCUACAAAGAUUGCAGAGAUCCUCAAAGACCGUCUAUCUUGGUUUCGAGAUUGUCGGAGCCUUGAAGUCUUUACAAUGUUUCCAGCUGGAAAUGGAGGAACAAUCGAACUGAUAUACAUGCAGAUGUAUGCUCCAACUACACUGGCUCCUGCACGAGACUUCUGGACUCUGAGAUACACCAUAAAUUUAGACGAUGGCAGUCUUGUGGUAUGUGAGAGGUCAUUAUCUGGUUCUGGUGCUGGUCCAAAUUCAGCUGCUGCUACCCAAUUUGUAAGAGCUGAGAUGUUACCAAGUGGUUACUUGAUUCGACCAUGUGAAGGUGGAGGCUCAAUCAUUCACAUUGUUGACCACCUGAAUCUUGAGGCAUGGAGUGUGCCCGAGGUGCUGCGACCACUUUAUGAGUCGUCCAAGGUUGUUGCACAGAAAAUGACUAUUGCGGCACUACGCCAUAUCAGACAAAUUGCUCAGGAGACAAGUGGUGAGGUGGUAUAUGGUUUGGGCAGGCAGCCUGCUGUACUGCGAACUUUUAGCCAAAGAUUGAGCAGAGGAUUCAAUGAUGCUAUUAAUGGAUUUAAUGAUGAUGGCUGGUCAUUGAUGAGUUGUGAUGGUGCUGAAGAUGUAAUAAUUUCUAUUAACUCAGCCAAGAAUGUCGGCACCAUUGCAAAUCCUGCUGCUAAUACACUUGCCUUGUCUGGAGGUAUUCUCUGUGCGAAGGCAUCCAUGCUACUCCAAAAUGUUCCUCCUGCACUGCUGGUUCGCUUUCUGAGGGAGCAUCGUUCUGAAUGGGCUGAUUUCAGCAUUGAUGCAUAUUCUGCUGGAUCUUUGAAAUCUGGUUCAUAUGCCUUCCAGGGCUUGAGGUCCACCAGGUUUUCUGGGAGCCAGGUUGUCAUGCCACUUGGUCACACAGUGGAACACGAGGAGUUGCUUGAAGUAAUUCGGCUUGAGGGUCAUGCUUUAACUCAAGAAGAAGCUAUAUUUUCCAGGGAUAUUCAUCUCUUACAGAUUUGUUGUGGAUUGGAUGAAAAUGCAGUGGGAUCCUGCUCUGAACUUGUUUUUGCUCCAAUAGAUGAAAUGUUUCCAGAUGAUGCUCCAUUGCUACCCUCUGGGUUUCGGAUAAUACCAUUGGAUUCAAAAUCAUGUGAAAAACAAGAUGUGUUGAAUGCACAUCGGACAUUGGAUCUAGCUUCCAAUCUUGAAGCAGGUCCUGCCACAAAUCGUGCUUCCGGAAAUGCAUCUUCAAAUGCUAUAAACACACGUUCAGUCUUGACCAUUGCUUUCCAAUUUCCCUUUGAGAACCAUCUUCAGGACAAUGUUGCAACAAUGGCACGACAAUAUAUCCGCAGUGUAAUAUCCUCUGUGCAAAGGGUUUCCAUGGCCAUAGCUCCAUCUGGACUGAGCCCACAUUUAGGGCAAAAGCUAUCUCCAGUCUCUCCAGAAGCUCUUACACUUGCUCAGUGGAUCUGCCAUAGCUUUAGUUACUAUUUUGGGAUUGAGUUGCUGGGGACUGAACGCCAUGUCGAAGACUCAGUGCUAAAGCAGCUCUGGCACCAUCAAGAUGCUAUAUUAUGCUGCUCACUUAAGUCGCUACCAGUUUUCACCUUUGCCAACCAAGCGGGGCUUGACAUGCUGGAGACCACACUGGUGGCUCUUCAGGACAUUACGCUGGAAAAGAUGUUUGAUGAGUCCGGAUGGAAGGCAUUGUGCUCUGACUUUGCCAAGAUAAUGCAACAGGGAUUUGCUUAUCUGCCUGCUGGAAUUUGCACGUCAACCAUGGGACGGCAUGUUUCAUAUGAACAAGCCUUCGCUUGGAAAGUCCUUGCAGAAGAAAACACCGUCCACUGUCUUGCCUUCUCUUUCGUCAAUUGGUCCUUUGUAUAACCACCGUCAUUUUAUUGAUUGAACACCCCCCCCCCCCCCCGGUGGCCGGUUCUCAAAUGAACAAGAGAGAGGAAGGAGGAAGAGAUAAAGAUUUGUACGAAAUCAUAUUUCCAUUAUAUUAAAUUAAUUACAAAAAGGAAUUGUUUCCAUA